UAGCCUGUGUUUAAAAUAUCUGCCUAUUUAUGUGUGUUUCUCAAAUUCGGUUUUAUCCAUAAAUUCUAAAUUUAAUUUUUCCUUUCACUAUGCAAAAAACUAAUAACUACAAAAGCGUCUUCAAGGCCGUUUCAUUUCGUUCUUAUGCCGAUUGCAAAAAUGGUAAAAGUGGCAAAGGCUUAAAGGCCAAGUUGGCGAAGAAAAUUCCAAUAGAACGGGAAAAGUUUUUGGGUAUCAGGUGUCUGCACGGCAAAAAGAUUAUUGGCCAGAUAAGUGUUAGUAGCGUGAUGGGAGGAAUGCGAGGACUUCCGCUUCUGUUUUGCGAGACUUCCAGUUUGGACAAAAACAAGGGUAUUUAUUACCGCGGGAAACUGCUUAAGGAUGUGUGUGCCAAACUGCCACGGGUGCAAGAGGGCACGAAUGAAGGCACUCCCGAGGGAUGCUUCUACCUGCUGGCGAGCGGAUCGAUGCCCACGAAGAAAGAUGCGAAGCAAAUCACCAAGGAGUGGCUGAAGCGUGGCACAGUUCCGCGCUAUUGCCUCCGGCUGAUUGACUCCAUGGACAAGCGGGUGCAUCCGAUGGCCCAGUUGUGCGCCGCCAGCGCCUGUCUCAAUCCGCAGAGCAAGUUCGUCGAGGCUUACUCCAAAGGGGCCAAACGUGCAGACUACUGGAAAUACACCUAUGAGGAUUCAAUGAACCUAAUCGCCAUGCUGCCCACCGUGGCGGCUGCCAUCUAUAAUAACGUGUUCAAGGAUGGUGCAGGUUCCCGGGAGGUCAACGAUGAGGAGGACUGGUCCGGCAACUUCUGCCGCAUGCUUGGACUACCGGAGAAGGAUUUCGUCGAUCUCAUGCGACUAUAUAUGAUCCUGCAUGCGGAUCACGAGAGCGGCAAUGUGUCCGCACAUGCUUGCCACCUGGUUGGAACCGCGCUCAGCGAUCCUUUCCUGUCUUUCUCGGCCAGCAUGUGCGGCCUGGCUGGACCACUGCAUGGAUUGGCCAACCAGGAGGUGCUGGUUUGGCUGACAAAGCUUAGGAAGGCUAUUGGCGAUGACCCCUCAGAUGAAGAGCUGAAGAAGUUCAUCGACGAUACGCUGAAAGGAGGCCAGGUUGUUCCCGGCUAUGGACAUGCCGUACUCCGAGAUACCGAUCCUCGGUUCGUCCUGCAAAACGAGUUUGCCAUGAAGCACUGCAAGGAUGAUCCUGGCGUAAAGUUGGUCACUCGCAUGUGGAAGAUCGUGCCGGAGGUGCUCAAGAAGCUCAACAAGGUGGCAAAUCCCUAUCCAAAUGUCGAUGCCCAUUCAGGCGUCCUGCUGCAACACUACUGUCUGAAGGAGCUGAAGUUCUACACCGUCCUCUUUGGAGUUUCUCGAGCGCUGGGAGUACUCUCCCAGCUUAUAUGGUCCCGGGCCUUGGGAGCACCAAUUGAAAGACCAAAGUCAUUUUCCUCUGCGGAGAUCUGCAAUUUCAUCAAGGUCGCUGACAAAAAAGCAGCAAAAAAGAACAAUAAGAAAAAGUGAUAAAAUAAACUGAGGUGAAUGUUUACUUUUACUAUGAAAAA